AUGGCAGAUGAACAUGUGAUAAGAACCCUGGGACCAAAAGCGGGGAGCGGAUCAGGAACCUUGCCGAUCGAUCAGUCUGAUCUUUUCGCCUUGCUGGAGCCAGCCUUGGGCUGUGUAAGUAUGCUCCCUGACAAGCCCAAUGUAGCAUCCUCGCCACCCUCGCAGGGUUCAAGUGGUGGUGCAUGCGCACGUCCUUCUUCCCACUGGAAGAGUGCGGACCAGACCACACCCCCCGACUCGACUGCGUCCGCUCCGCAGCAGGUGUCGGGUCCAAAAGCCCCGGAUUCCUCUCCGUAUCGAGUGGGGUCCGCGGUACCGGAUACCGCGCGACCUUGGUCAACAUCCGAGAACUUUCGGGUUCCUCUUCCGGACAAAUCGAAUACUCGUGCGCGUCGUGUGUUUACCCAGGAGGAAGAUGAGGCGCUCAUCAGGGGCUUUGAAAGGCUAGGCUCACAAUGGGCACAAAUUGCUCGUCAUCCAGCGUUCAAGAAUCGACGCAGCUCGACCGAUGUGCGCGACAGGUUUCGAAAUGCAUUUCCGGAAGAGUAUGCGCGGGCUGGGUACAAGCCGCGUGUCAAAUCCUCCAAGCGCUUGGAGCGGAACAGGGAGGCCCACCGCGUAACGCGCAGUGAUGCAACUUCGCACCGGCAGAUCAAACCACUGAGAUUGAAUGACACGGACACUGCCUUAUUCGCGUCUAACGUUGCUUCUUCGAGCGACGCAAACCCGAGGACCCCUCUGAAUGUUACGAUGGAGCCAUCAACGCUAUCGCCACUGUCGUACGACGCAUCGCCGCAAGGGAUCCCGACUGUCUCGUCACCCACUUCGCCCAUGUCAGAAUCGGUAAUGAAUAUGCUGGCGCUCACGCCCACGGCUAUGAUCCCAAGCAUUUCGCCCCCAUCGACACCUCAAGUGGCGCCUUACUCGAUACCCGACUUGAGCAUGCCCACUACGGCUGCGGUGCCCAUCCCCACGAUGUCGCAGUCUUUUCAUGUUCAGCCGCCGUUCUCGAUACCAAUGAGUGUUCCUACUCUGCACGCUUCAGGGCCUCAUGUGCCUGUACCAUCAAGCGACGCAUUCGUCUCGCCUCCAUUGCCAGGCUAUUUUCCCGAUACGACCGCGACGUCAUUUUCCAUGCCAGCCCCCGCCCCCGCUUUUCCACAAAGCUUGUCCCCCACGGAGCCUGUGUCAUUCGCCCCGUCUGUAUCUCUGCCUCUUAGCACUGGUGGUGGCGGGCCACUGCCGGAGACUGCAUCGCCUCCUCUUUCUUCGGCCGAUGUGUCUCUCUUGUCGCUGAUGAUGAUGCAGACGCCAACUCACAUGAUGGAGCCCCAUUCACGAGCUCCACCGUCGUGA